AAUGAUCUUCACAAGAAAGUUUGUUCAAAGUGCAAAUUCCAUCAUAGCAGGAUGUACUAUGAAGGCUGCUGCUCUUUCAACAUCUUCAAAAUUGUCGGCUUCUAGUGCUGAAGUUUCUCGAAUUUUGGAAGAAAAGAUUCUUGGACAAGAAACAAAGAUUAAUUUGGAAGAGACGGGAAGAGUACUUUCUAUUGGUGACGGAAUUGCUCGUGUUUAUGGACUUAAAAAUAUUCAGGCUGAGGAAAUGGUGGAAUUUGAUUCGGGAAUGAAGGGAAUGGCUCUAAACUUGGAACCUGACAAUGUUGGUGUUGUCGUCUUUGGAAAUGACAAGGUUAUUCGUGAAGGAGACAUUGUUAAACGGACUGGGGCUAUUGUGGACGUUGGUGUCGGUGAAGAAUUGUUGGGCCGCGUUGUUGAUGCUCUUGGAAAUCCGAUUGAUGGAAAACCUUUAAAAGUUUCUCAACGUUCGCGUGUUGAAGUUAAAGCUCCAGGAAUUAUUCCGCGUCUUGGUGUGCGUGAGCCUAUGUUGACAGGAGUGAAAGCAGUUGACUCUUUGGUGCCAAUUGGAAGGGGACAGCGUGAAUUGAUUAUUGGAGAUCGUCAAACUGGUAAAACUGCAAUUGCUAUUGACACAAUUAUCAACCAAAAGCGUUUUAAUGCCAGCAAUGAUGAGAAGAAAAAGCUUUAUUGUAUUUAUGUUGCUAUUGGUCAAAAGCGUUCAACUGUUGCUCAAAUUGUGAAGCGACUUACUGAUGCUGAUGCUAUGAAGUACACAAUCAUCGUUUCGGCUACCGCUUCUGAUGCAGCACCUCUUCAAUUCCUUGCACCAUAUUCGGGAGCUGCGAUGGGCGAAUUCUUCCGUGAUAAUGGGAAACAUGCAUUGAUUAUUUAUGACGACCUUUCAAAACAAGCUGUAGCGUAUAGACAAAUGUCACUUUUGUUGCGUCGUCCUCCAGGACGUGAAGCUUAUCCAGGGGACGUUUUCUAUUUGCACUCUCGUUUGCUUGAACGUGCUGCCAAAAUGAAUGAGACACACAAAGGAGGAUCUCUUACAGCUUUGCCAAUUAUUGAGACUCAAGCUGGUGACGUGUCUGCAUAUAUUCCAACAAACGUUAUUUCAAUUACCGAUGGACAAAUCUUUUUGGAGACUGAAUUGUUCUAUAAAGGUGUUAGACCUGCAAUUAAUGUUGGUUUGUCUGUGUCUCGUGUAGGAUCUGCUGCACAGACUAAAUCUAUGAAACAGGUUGCUGGUUCAAUGAAAUUGGAACUUGCACAAUACCGUGAGGUUGCUGCUUUUGCUCAAUUUGGUUCUGAUUUGGAUGCGUCAACGCAACAACUGCUCAAUCGCGGUGUUCGUUUGACUGAGUUGCUCAAACAGGGUCAAUAUGUCCCUAUGGCUAUUGAAGAACAAGUUGCUGUAAUUUAUGCUGGUGUCAAAGGUUAUUUGGACAAAAUUGACCCUUCACAAAUUACUCGUUUCGAAAAAGAAUUUCUUGCACAUAUUCGUGCACAUGAGCAAGAAUUGCUAAAAAUUAUUCGUGAAGAAGGCCAAAUUACUACAACAACGGAUGAUAAGCUUAAAAAUUUGGUUCAAACAUUUAUUGCAGCUUUUAAGCAUUAG